AUGUCUAAUAAUUGGACAUUUGAUCAUGAUGAUCAUGCACCCUUUGGUUCCGAUGAAAAUAUUAAUAUCACUGAAUAUCGUUCACUUUUAAUUACAAUAUUUUUCUUUAUGAUUGGAUUAUUUGGAAAUAGUAUUAUGUUAGUUGGUAAUGGAUAUAUUUUACGACAUUCAUCAGGCGGAGAAAAACGUACAUUCGAGAAUUUUCUAGUUGAAAUAUCUUGUUUUGAUUUAAUUAUAUUGACAUAUCAUUUAAUGAACUCAAUUAUACGUUAUAAAACAUUACCAGAAAAUGAAACUGAUAUAAUGACUGGUUUAAUAAAUAUAUCAACAGUUUGUUGUAAAUUAUUAACAUAUAUUAUACGAGUAUCAACAUUAAUGUCACAUUGGUUAAUUAUUUUACUUCUUCUUAAUCGAUUAUUUCUUGUUUAUUCAAAAUUCUAUCGAUUUAUUGCUAUUGUCAAUGCUAAAUAUGCAGUUUGUGUUUUAUUAUUUGUAUUCACUCUAUUCAAUGUACUACCAAUUGAAUCAAUGUCAUACAAUGAACCACUUUCUUUUAUACAUAAUUCAACAACAAAUGUAACAUUUCAUCGUCAUUGUUUAAUGAAUGCAGAAAUGGUUGAUUUACAUGCAUCCAUUUAUUCAACAUCAGUUAUUAUUAAUGUAUUUUUUUAUACUGGUCUUGGUUUAUUAUUACCAACUAUAAUAAUAUGUAUUUUAUCAAUAUUAUUAUUUCGUAAAGGUGCACAUAUAUGGAAUGAAUUACAUUCACAUUAUUCUGAAACAGAAAAUAUUUCACUUCGUUAUGAUUCACCAAUAGCUGAUUAUCUUCGUACAUAUAAUGCAGCAUUUUCACUUGGUAUUGUAUUUGUAUUUUUAUCAAUACCAUGUAAAUUUUUACGUUUUAUUGUUUUAUUUGCAUCAAAUCAUAUUGAUGAAUAUGCAUCAUCAAAUGAAAUACUUGUUAAAGCUCAUGCACAUAUGCAAACAAUUGGUUUAGCAUUUGAAUUAUCACUUUAUUCAUAUAAAUUUUUUGUUUUUAUUUGUACAAAUUAUCGUUUUCGUUGUGCAUUAAAAUAUUUAUUAAGAUAUCAACGUAGUCAUGUUAUUCUUGAUCAAAGAGUAUCAACAACAACAAAUAAUAAUGAAAAUCAACGAAUUCAUUUAAGUAAUUCACAAGAAAGUGUACCAUUUGAAGGUUUAUAUAAACAUUUAGAAACAAAUGAAUUUGAUAUACCAAUUAAUAUACAUCGAACUGGUGUAGGUGGUGGACAUGGAACUAUUAGUUCAUAUAGUCAUCGAUCAAGUUUUAAAACACGUUCAAGUGUUUGUAGUCGACGAACAAAAGAAGAUGAAAUAUCACUUUAA